AUGGGAGGUGUUAUAAACUGCGAUCUUAGAAUUAUUAGAGCUAAGAACGUCGAGAUGAAGUCCGAGGGUCAAUUAUUUGUGAGAUGCUUUCUCCCCGCAGGAAAUAGUCAACGAGUUCGAAUAGACACCCGUGAAAUCUUGUUGGGUUCUAGUCCUCUUGUUUGGGACCAAUCUUUCUCUCUUGAAUGUCAUGACAACAAUUUUAUAAUGAGUGGGCCGAUGCUUAUAGAGGUGGAGCUUCGGUGGAGGAGCGUGGUACCGGUGAUUGGGAAACUUAGAGGAUCACAACUCCUUGGUAGGGCUGAGAUCCCAUGGGAGAAUAUUACGAUGGAUUCCCCGAAGAUCAUGAAGAUGGAGAAAUGGCUCAUCAUGAAUUCAUCGGGUGGGGCUAAGCAUGGUCAUGAUGUGAAGACAUCGGCUGUUGAAAUAAGUUUGAUGGUAACGCUACCAGCUACAAAUUGUUUGAUCGGGGAUGUAGAGUCGAGGAGGAAAAGGAGAAGAAGAAAUAGGAUGGUGAAUGCUGAAGAACAUUGCGGGUGCAAUAGAAAUUCACUUUCGUACGAGGUUCUUGCAAUGGCGGCUGCCUUCGAGGUUUUGUAA